ACUCCUUUCGCACCGUGGGCCGAGGAGGAUUCGCGGCACCUGCUGUGGGCCGGUUUCCCACAUCGUAGUAUUCGUAUAACGGCAGCGACAAUGAGUGGCGCAGCGUGUGACCGCUAUUCGUUACCAGUGUAAGUUAUUAAGGCUUUUCCCACCUACACUCCUACGGCGUUCUGUGCUGUGCCAUCGUUCGUCCUUCGUUUCGGGCCUUGUUCUUGAAUCCCUGCCCUAGACCCCUUGCGACCAUCCCUACGUGCCCGAGCAGUCCGUAGCAGUAAACGGCGUGCGUCUGUUGCCAUCUUUUAAAAAUAAAGUGAUGGAAUAAGCGAGAAAGCCAGUUCCUGACCGUAAAUAGCGCACGGUGCGGAGAUUACGUGCCUGUUGCGGUUAUGUCGGCUGCACACCUGCCUUCUUGCUGGGUUAUGUGUGGGUGGGAGAGCGACACAGGAAGACAGAGGGCAGGUUAGGAAACGAUGACACCGACGAAAAGAGAAGCGCUCGAGCAACGAGGGGAACGGUCGGACGGGUAGCAGCAAGAGCAACAGAGCAUCGUGGACUUGAGCCCAGGUAGGAUUUUUACUGGAUGAAAGGUGCCUGAUUUACUGCUUACAGGAUGGCAGCGAUGUUCCCCUGCGUGGCCGCACUCGCGGUGCUGGGUUAUGCGAUUACCGCGCUUCCCACGCAGCAAGACUCCAGAAAUUCUCACCAGGGACGCUGGCGCAGGGCGGACUUGCUGUGCCCUCCAGGGGAGUAUGUUACUCAAGACAGACGGUGCGUUCCCUGCCCCCUCGGCUACUUCUCGGCCCACCACAGCAAAGAAAGGUCGUGCCGCCGCUGCUCGCAGGACUGCAGAGAAGUUAUGCACCUAGAAGCCUACAGGAGCUGCAAUGCCACAUCUAAUACAAGAUGCAAAUGCAAGGAAGGGUUUGAAUGCAGCGACUACGACUAUGAGACGCAAAGCUGCAACUUGUGUAAACCCGUGGUGCGAGCAGUGACAGAAGUUCCCUGUAAGGCUGGUACUUUCUUCAGUGCGUCUUCAGGAGGAUGCAAGCAACACACCAACUGUACGUCUCUGGGUCUCACGGUACUGACUGCAGGGAACUCUACGCACAACACUAUUUGUGUCCAAAGGAGCCGAACAGAGGCCAGAGUUGAGUGGUGGUACAUCUUCGUGGCGGUCCUCCCAUUCGUCAUCGUGACAGCUGUCUUGCUGAUUUGGAGACUUGAACACAAAGCCUGUUUAAAAAAGAUCAUAAAAUUUGGUGCAGCUGAAGGGCACAAGAAAGAAAAUCUGUGCCCUCCUCGAAGUCCUACCAGCGUCUCUGAUCUGCUGUUUGGGACGACCUCUAACUGCAGCCCGGAACCGUCCUUCGGCACAGAGCCAGCAGCCCCACAGGCCACUGGGAGUCUGGGUCCCUUUCAUAUUUACAGUGCUGGGACCGUUUUUGUCAGCCUGCUGAAUCAAGUGACCGGCGUGGGGAAGGACGCUGACAAGGAAAGGAGGGCUCGGAGGGAGGACGGCGACGGGCUCGGCCCCGUUGAGCCGCCGUCCUCUCCGCCCGUCCACCUCUCGGAGGAGGAGAGGGACGAACAAAAGGACUGCAUCUUCUUUCCAUCCCAGGAGCAAGGAAAAGAGAUUCACUUAUCCAAAGAGGAGAGGAUGUAAAGAGACAAAUACAAGCAGGUAGAGACCCCUGCCGUGGAGAACGGGCCACACUAUGCAAAUUCCGGAAGUUUGUGUCACCCUCCCCACAUUCCUCUGUUUGUGUCAGACAUGUAAGUCUUGUAUCAAUAAUCGAAUAUCAAAUUUCCUAUUUUUAUGCUUUUGCAGUAUUGCACAUUGUACGUAAUAUAUUUUUGUAUUUAUA